AUGGCUGCCGAACCGUCAGAGGAAGCUAUCGAGAACUUCGUUAGCUUCACCAGUACAACGCGCGAACAAGCUAUCAGCUUCCUCAAGGCGAACGACAAUAAUUCGAACAAAGCCAUCAAUGCCUAUUUCGAAGAUCCGACGGGGCCUCAGACACAGACAACUGGAUUUGAAAAUGACCAACGAAUGUCAUCAUUCCAGAUCGAACAUGCAGACCCUGUUCCAGCCCCGGGAUCUCACGCUCCUGCCCCUCCGUCGCGUCCGCCGUCGAGAAUAAAUAUGAACGAACUAGCCAUGAACGAAUACCAACCGCCGCCACCCAGCGCCUCGAACACUGGACAAGGGAUGACGCUGUCGGAGCGGGAAGAGCAGGAGCUCCAGCAAGCCGUCGCCAUGUCGUUGAACCAGAACCUUGGUGAGCAGGAAACCGGGGUCACCACUACCCAGGGAGGGAAGUUUGGAGAAGCGACUCGCGAUCAUUACGACGAAGGCAACUGGGCGAUGACUUUGUUCAACCCCACCUCACGAGAGAUUAUCAUUAGCCCUGACCCGGAGGACCGCAAGAGAGUGAACGGCGAACCAGCAUUCUUACGCCCUUCCCCGGAUAACCAAUACCUGGGAGGGUUGCUCACAAUCUUGCAUUCAAUCCCGCUUGCGAGAGAAGCGCUUUUGUUUAGGAAUCGCAUUCUUCCAAAUUACGGUCAUGAUCCGCAGUGGUGGAACGGACAACCAAUUAGUCUUCCUAAGAUCGUGACUAUGCAGGAUGUACAGGAUGGGGAUACCAAUUGGGAUGAUAUUUUACACGAGGCACAGAGGUUGAUGGCAUUCUUGGACUCGACCAAUCGGUCCUUCGGAAGUAGUGACGCUCUAGCUAGCCUCAAGAGUAUGUCUUCUUAUUCAGAAGGCAGUGUUGGCAAGUUUCUGGAGACAUGGCAAGGUUCUGCCGCUAGAGCAGACCCUGGCAACCAAUCAGUGAGUGUAUUCUCAUCGAACGCAUAUAAACGACCGAUUUCUGUGCACGACACGCCUAUCCAUAAGGAGUUCUUCAGCUUGGAUCCAUUUGUGGAGCCUGAACAUGGCCAAACCCUCUAUGAUGUCCUGGAUCGUGCGAUGUGGGCGGACCGUCCCGGCGACGAACUCGACGACACGUGGCUCGAGAACGUCGCGGAAGUUCUAACAAUUCGACUGGAAAACUCUGAUGCAGCAAACUCCGUUGAUGUGAAGAUACCUGCUGUCUUCUACCCAGAUCGAUAUCUUACUGGUGCCAGAGAGUUUGCUCGUGAAUUCCGGUCAGAGAGACUUGGUGUCUACGAAGAGAUUUUCAAGACGGAGCGUCUUAUGAACCAGUUCUCUGUGUCCAAGUCUCUCGUUCACAAGGGGCUGGGAUCGAAGGAGACAUUGGAGAAAGCUGCUGCCGCUGCUUCUCAAUUCCUAACCAAAGGUCUUGCAAGUGGAGCCAGCGAUGCAUCGGUGACACCUGAAUCUGCAAAUUCUGAGGCACAACGAUUAGGGGAAGAGCUGAAAUCGAUAUCGAACAAAAUCGAGAAUAAGCUACAGGAAUUGGAAUUACGAAAACAGGGUGCCAUUAAAGCUCUUCGAGGUUAUUCAAAGAUUCUCACCGAGCCGUCAGCAUCACCGAACGAACCACCCCUUCAUAAAUACACGCUACGAGGUGUAUGCACUCAGCCACAUAUUACCUACGUCCUUCGGCCCCGUGAGAAUGCGCAGGAGAGCGAUGCAAGAACCGACGAUGAAUGGCAGUGGUGGCGUAUCAGCUUUUCGACCGAAGAUGCGAAGAUACGACAAGCAGAAUUAGAUCGUGCUAGCCACGCCGCACCAAGCAAUACAGAUGUCAUUGGGUAUACGGCGCGCAAGGUCCGUGAGAUAGAAGUCCUUCGCGCAGCGCGCGAGGAAUCGAAAUCGGUCUUGCUUGUAUACGCAAGUGCCAAUGCAGUGACGGCCCAGGAAGACCAAAUCCAAGCGCCACUCCAGCGAUUUGUGGAUGCCGAUAAUCAAGCGUUUGAGGCCGAACUGCAGGAAGCGAGGGCUCAACAACAGUCGACUGCCGCUGCUCAGAGCCAGGAUGCAACAACUUCGCAGGACCCUACUCGUCCGAAAGUAAACGUUUUUGACUACCAGGUUGCAUCCUUUGAAAAUGAGGCGGAUCCCGUGGGACCAGAGAUGCAGGAGAAGGGCGGGGGCUUUCUGGGUCAAAGUCAUAGAUUCGCUGCCCCGCCAACAUCUGGCCGUGGUGGCCCUGAAUCCAACGAUGCUGAUGGAUCGAAAGCUGAAUGA